AUGAACAUCAGCGCACUGCUCAACUCGUACUACGAUUUGUCCGGGGAGCAAAUGAAUCACAUCAACGAGUUCGUGGCCCGGGCAGUGCUCCACGUAGUGCACCACUACAUCCUGAGUGUGACCCCGUCGUUGGUUUUGACCCUUUGUUGCCGGAGCAAUCACACGUGCAAUUUCUACAACGAGAUGAUGAACACCUUGUUCCGGGAAUGGGGCUUGGCCCCGCUGCAAAUCGUCAAUGUACUGCGUGGUGUUCCGUGGCAUCCGGUUCCGGGUCGUCGGCACUUCAAUGUCAUUUUCACCGACUCCUUUGCCGCCUUCGAGGAAAUCCGGAUGGAGUACUAUUCCAGAGAGUACAACUACAAUGAGCACUAUUUCAUAUUCCUGCAGGCCAGGGAUCGUCUGCUGCAGGGCGAGAUGCGGCUGAUCUUCGACUACUGCUGGCGCUAUCGGCUGAUCCAUUGCAGCAUCCAGGUGCAAAAGUCCAACGGGGACAUCCUAUUCUACAGCUACUAUCCUUUUGGAGAGCAUGGUUGCUCGGAUAUGGAACCGCAGCUAAUCAAUCGCUAUAAUGGCAGUAUGCUGGUCGAACCGGAUUUAUUCCCUCGCAAGUUGAGAAACUUCUUUGGGUGCCCCCUAAGAUGCGCCCUUUGGGAUGUCCCUCCCUUCCUUACAUUGGAUGAGGACCAGGAAGAGGUACUGCUCGUCAAUGGUGGCUACGAGGGUCGGUUGCUCCUGGCGCUUGCCGAGAAAAUGAAUUUCACAAUUGCUGUUCGAAAGGUACAUGUCAAUAUGAGAGAUGAGGCUCUGGAAAUGCUGCAACGAGACGAAGCGGACUUGACUCUGGGCGGGAUUCGUCAGACGGUGGGCAGGGGCAUGGUGGCCACCUCGACGCACAACUAUCACCAGACCCGCGAGGUGUUUGGAGUCCUCGCCUCCAGCUAUGAACUGAGUUCCUUCGACAUCCUCUUCUAUCCGUACCGCCUACAGAUUUGGAUGGGAAUCCUCGGCGUGGUGGCCUUGUCCGCUCUCAUCCAAUUGGUCGUUGGCAGGAUGUUGCGGGAGCGCAUGGGGUCACGGUUCUGGCUAAAUCUGGAGCUAGUCUUCGUGGGCAUGCCGCUGUUGGAGUGUCCCAGAUCGCAUACCGCUCGUCUUUAUUGUGUCAUGCUGAUGAUGUACACCUUGAUCAUCCGGACAAUCUAUCAGGGCUUACUGUACCACCUGAUACGAACCCAUCAACUGAAUCGUUGGCCACAGACCAUUGAAUCACUGGUGCAAAAGAACUUCACGGUGGUGCUGACACCCAUUGUGCAGGAGGUGCUGGACGAGAUUCCCAGUGUGCAGCACAUGAGAUUCCGCCUGCUGGAGGGCAGCUCCGAGCUGGAUCCCCUGUACUUUCUGGAGGCUAACCACCAACUGCGGCAGCAUGUCACCGCCUCCGCCCUGGAUAUUUUCAUCCAUUUCAAUCGCUUGAGUGCGGAGAAAGUGCAUCAGAGGGGAGAGCAGGGGUCAGGAGCUCACUUUGAGAUCGUUCCGGAGGACAUCAUCAGCAUGCAGUUGACGAUGUAUCUGGCCAAGCACUCCUUCCUCAUCGACCAGCUCAACGAGGAGAUUAUGUGGAUGAGAUCAGUGGGUCUGCUCUCCGUUUGGUCCAGGUGGGAACUGUCCGAGAGCUAUUUGCGCAACGAGCAGAGCUUCCAAGUCCUCGGCACUAUGGAGCUAUAUGCCAUCUUUUUAAUGGUCAUGGUCGGCCUGAUCGUUGGCCUGCUUGUCUUUAUCCUGGAACUUGUGUCAAUGCGAUCCAUUUAUUUAAGGAAACUUUUUACGUAG